GGGUGUUGUCGGGAGAGUGGAAAGUGACGCGACUAACUGAUGCUUGAAUGUUACAUAAGCUAGACUUGGCAAAGCUACACUUCAGUACUUCCAAUCUCUGGUCUCUUCUAUCCAUUCCAGCGAUGUGAUGAUCUACCUAACACGGAGCAUCGUCUCCGCGUCUCGUACUGUCCUACCCCGUACGUCAUACCAAUUGCCAUCGAAACCAGCAUGGCCUGUAACGCGAAACUUCCAAUCGACGUGGACGGCGCGAAAAAAGAUCGAAUUGGCCCAGAAGCAAGUCUCGGAAGCGGAAAUGCGUGCGAAGGAAGAUGUCAAUGCAGAACCAAACAAAGUGAAUAAGAAGGGAACGAAGAAGCAUGCUGGCAAGACAUCAUCGCUCCGGCGGGUUGCUGUUGAGGCGCAACGGUCGAGACAGGGCUUUGUGAUGGGCCGGGGCAGCAAGCGCUUUGUGGACCCGCACGUAGAUACAAAGACGGUUACUGCUUAUUGUGCAGCGGAAACCUACAACAUUUCCACGGCGGCCCGCUUGGUCCAAGCCCAUGGUUACGAACUCGAUCCUCUCCAAACCGGCCUCUACCCACAAGUCAUCCAUGUCCGAACGCGCGACCGACCUGAUGAAGUGAAGGACACGCAAGAGGGGGACAUCUUCAUCUUCCCCUCUGGGACAAUGGUCACUUGGAAUGUGAGGGAACGUGAGGCACUGCAUCUGGUCAAUCGGGUGUUGCCCGCAGCAGCGGAAGGCUCCCACCUUGAUCUGCUAGAGACAGAGGAUUUAGAAUACCUGGAAGAUUCGACGAGGGAGUCCAGUGAGGUUGUUGGUGAUACGAUUAUCCUGGGCACGAAGGCCGAGCACGGCAGCAACGAUGCGAUCGAGGAAAUCGGUACAGAUGAGACGGAGCAACGCCACGAAAUCGACACCGUCCUUGCUAAGAUCGCUUUCUCGUCUGGGCUUGCUCGCUCCACCAAACUUGCUAUUCUGGAAACACUGCUGAGCGAUUAUCAGCACUCGACACGCGAGAUCCCCAUUAUGCUGGCCAAGGGCGACACAAAGACAUUGGGCAGGAAUAAUGUCCCCUUCACCCGCUCAUUCAUCCUCCGCAAGACAGGCGAGCUACUGAACAUACGCGCGCAGCUCAAUCUGUACUCGGAGCUCACCGACUCCAUGCCGGAUAUCUUCUGGGACAGUCGACACGAGCUCGGUCUUGGAGAGUACUAUGAUCAAGUCGGGCGCGCAUUAGACGUGGGCGUGCGCAUCAAAGUGUUGAACGAGAAGAUCGGUUUCGCGCAGGAGAUUGCAAGUGUUCUGCGGGAAUCGCUUAGCGAGAAGCAUGGGCUGAGGCUCGAAUGGGCCAUCAUUGCUCUGAUUGCGGUCGAGGUGGUGCUGGAGUUCUACCGCCAUUGGACAGACGCGGAGGAGAGAAAGGACCCGAGGAGUACGGAGUCGCUGCUUCGGCAAUACCUCGUCAAGGUUGUUGAUGGUCAAAAAUGAGUUUCACUUCGUUUAGAUACCCCGCUCGAAAGACACGCCACUCUAUAUUCACAGACGUUCCAUUUCAGCGUAUAUACAAC